AUGAAUCGCCGGGCAUCGCACAACGACUACGCUCCGUCAGAGAACGACAACGACAUCAGCCUCAUGCCAAAGGGCGAUGUAUCAUCACCGACAAGCUAUGAAGAUACACAAGCCGCAGACAUCCCUCUACCGAGUCUCAACUUGGACAGCAAGAAGUUCUCUACAGCCGGACCACGAAUGUCGACGACUACUCGUCCAGAUGAGCGGAGAUCCACCAUCAUCAGCCCUCAGAACUUCGUCCCCCUCUCCAUGCGGGCACUAUAUUAUUCCGUCCAAACCCCCCCGGACUCACCACUGGAACCGAUUCCCGACGGACCAGCGAGUCCCCAACCGCGCCGCUUCAGCAAUCCAGGCACACGACUCGUUUUAGAUCCGAAUUUCCCCAGUCCUCAGCCCUCACCACAGGAGUACCUGCUCAAGGUCCAAACGGCGGCCUUUUGUCAUGACGAGGUGCGUCUGUCAACAGCACUGAAUCCGCAAAAGACCACGCCGCAGAUCCCGCUGCAUAGUAUUUGCGGGACGGUGGUGAGUACACCGUCGCAGGAUGACGAACGGCCGGGGGGCCCGAAGUUUCAAAUCGGUGAUACGGUCUGGGGUGUCACGAGCUAUGUGCGUGAUGGAGGCGCGGCCGAUUAUGCCUUGGCGACUGAGGUCGAAUUGGCUGGGAAACCGGGAAAUAUUGGGGCUCAGGAGGCGGCGGCGCUGGCUCUUCCUGGAUUGACGGCCUGGCAGGCACUGUUUCGACAUGGGGAGAUUGAACUCAAUGAUAAAGAUAAUGGCCAUGGCCAUGGCCAUAACUAUGGCUAUGGUAAUGGUAUUGGAAAGGGAAAGGAGAGUCAAGGAGGGUAUGAGGAUGGUAGAGAGGCUCAAGCCCAUCAUUCCGCUGGCAGCCCAGAUACUUCCUUGGGAGAAGCCCUCCAAGGAUCAAAUGGCAACAAGCAUAACGGGGGAAAUGGUCAAGGAAUUUUCAAGACAAACAUAUUCAAUGGCCAUUCGAAUGGGCAGCAGCACAGUGGUCAAGGUGCGAAGAGGAGCAUUUACGCCGAAGCAUAUGGGAAUGGGCACCGUAAAGGAAACAGCAUUCACCAGGGCAAUGGCAAAGAAAACGGACACAGCUGGUUGAGAAAGAGCGUGGACAAUAUCAACAGUCUCGUGAAAACGGCGAGUGCCAUGACCAUGGGCAGUGGGAGCACUAAUGGCAGCGGUCAUCCAGAUGGAAGUAGGAAAAAAAGUGGCAACGGAAACGGAAACGGAACCGGUCGUCAACACGGCUUUGGAAGACGUCGAAGCACCUGGCUGCGCACAAACGAUACGAGAGGCAGAAGAAGAGGCUCCCACGGACAAUUACGCGUGCUGAUCACCAACGCUCGCGAUAGCGAAGUCGGCCGGAUCGCCGUGCAGCUUCUUCGCGCAGAGCCCAUCUUGGGCAGCUCCAAACGACCAUGGAUCUGCGUCACCUGUGCGAAUACCGAGGACGAGAUUGUCCGGGGAACCUGGGACGUGGACGAAGUCAUUGUCCUGCCGCGGAUCCCUGAAGCCGAAGAUUGCGAAUUUGCAAAGAUUUUCCGUGCCCAGCGAUGGGAUCCCGUCGAUGUCGUUGUUGAUUGCGCGGGAGGAAUUGUCUUUCAACAAGUCCACUCGCCUGCUGUUGUCAAGGAUGGUGGUGCCGUGUUGACGGUCGUGGAUCCUUGGCCAGCACAAGAGGCAUCCGAUUCGGAUCCGCAAGAUACGCUGGGUCGAAGGAAACGUGGUCUCAAGACGAUGUUUGUGCCGGUGAAUCCGGAUGGUGCGUCGCUGGUUCGGAUUGUAGACCUCGUGGAGCGCAAUAUGGUGCGAGGGAGACCUGAGCAGGUCACGGAUUUGGUGCAUGCCGAUCGACUUUUGAGGGAUCACGCCGUGGCUGCGGGUGCUGCUCGCCGUGGGGCGAUGAUGGUAGUCCGUGUGAAUUGA